AUGGAAACGAUCGACAUUCCUCCUGUCGUGCAGCCUAUUGUCGCGCUGGACUGGACAUACGCAACUGAGCAAAUGUCAUCUGCAAAUGAGAUUUUCAGAAGGCGGCAGGAUAUGUACAAGCAGCGGAAUAGGACGUUGAUGAUGUAUUCUACGGCAGUCAUCCUCUUCGUAACCGGAAUGUCCUACGCCGCUGUCCCCCUCUAUCGCGCCUUCUGCGCAGCAACAGGCUUCGCAGGUACACCAAUUGUCGGUACAGGCAAAUUCGCACCAGACCGACUUGUACCAGCCGAAGACGCCCGACGAAUUCGAGUGAGGUUUAAUGCGGAUAAGAGUGAGGCGCUCCCGUGGUCUUUUACGCCGCAACAAAAAUACGUUAGUGUGUUACCUGGGGAGACGAGCCUUGCGUUUUACAAAGCGAGAAAUACGUCGAACCAGGAUCUCAUUGGGAUCGCGACGUAUAAUGUUACGCCUGACCGAAUCGCACCUUACUUCGCCAAGGUUGAGUGUUUCUGCUUUGAGGAACAGAAGCUGUUGGCGGGCGAGGAAGUAGACAUGCCCCUGCUAUUCUUUAUCGACCGAGAUGUGCUGGACGACCCGGCAUGUAAGGGUGUUGAUGAUAUUGUUCUCUCGUAUACGUUCUUCCGGGCUCGACGGAAUGAGAGGGGACAACUUGAGCCAGACGCACCUGAGGAUAUUGUUCAGGCGUCAUUAGGUUUUGAUAAGUUGAGCUCAGACUCUACUUCAUCCGCGUCGACAAGAGUCCCGCGUAGACGCCUUUCACGAUCCAACCGCGACAACACUCAAGCCAUGGUCGAUGCAUCCCCACAACCCGGCAGGCCACAGGCUCACUCUCGCUCGUCAUUCCUGAGCAACUUUUCGUUCAACAAAAAUAGGACGGGCUCGGCACCCGCGGGCGGACAUUCAUCGUUUUUGCAUACCGUCCGGGAGUCUGUAGUUGGUACUGGUUCGGGGUCUGCGAGCGGCGGUAAUCCGGACGAGUUUGCCUCUGCGUCGACGAUUACGCAGACUAGUGGUCAGUUUGGCAGCCCCAUGUCGAGCAAUACCUCUCCCAGUCAACGUCCUGGCUCGUCAGGGGGUCCACAACCCUCGCCUUCAAUGGAUUCGCAACAAAUGCAACCACAACGUCAACUACAUCCAGAGAUCCGCUCGAUCGUCAACCUCUCCCAGGCGCAUGCACACAAGAUCUACUUCUCUGGCCCGCUCGUCAAGCACGUCGAGCGCCACACUGAUGGGAAGAUUGUAGGGAAAGAGGAACCGUGGCGGGAGGUUUGGGCCCAGCUGGGUGGGACAACGUUGAGUGUGUGGGAUAUGAAGGAGAUCGAGGAGGCCAGUCGACGGGGAACAGAGGUACCGCCUACGUAUCUCAAUAUCACCGACGCGACCAUCCAUGUCCUUGGUGCUGUUACGAUGCCCGGCACCGACGGCAACCCCGUCAAGUACAUGAAUGUCAUCACGCUCACCACUGCUGGACUCAAUCUCCUACUGUUCUCAUGUCCGAAUCCACAGGCCCUCGUCGCGUGGACGGCGGCACUUCGUCUCUCUGCUUACGAAAAAUCACGUUUGGAGGAACUUUACACUGCUCAUUUGUUACGCAUGUCUCUUACUGAAAAUGGCGUCUGGAAGGACCCGCGCUCAACACUACAGAAUGGGCGUCUCGAAGGUUGGGUCAAGAUACGCAUCAACGGUCAAACCGAUUGGAAACGUCUAUGGAUGGUUAUACAAGCCAUUCAGUUAGAUACACAUCCCGCCGACGCUUCUGUAACACGCAAGAACCGAAUGUCUUCACUCUUCAGCCGUGGCGCGCACGAACACACCAACAGCCUCAACUCCGUCAACGAGGCAGGAGGUUUCGAGCAACGUGUUCCGCAUAUAACAUUUUAUGCCUCGCAAAAACCUCGCGACCGCAAGAAGAGCGUGUUGACGUUUACGAACGUGACGCAGGUGUUUGCCGUAUACCCGGAGCGCCCCGAAUUAAUUAGCCGUAGUACACUUAUCAAGAUGGAAGGAUUCAUUGGGGAGGAGGAACUUGCGGGAGAAUGGAGAUCUCGGGAGGGUUGGCUGCUUAUGAUGCCCGAGGCGGAACCAGGCAAAUUAGGUUCACUUGAGAUGCUGCGAUGGCUCAUUGGUUUACAUGAUACAUUUAGUCUGUAUGGACGACCAGCAGGAUAUACUUGGAACCCACGCGAUCCUGUAUCUUUGAUGUUUGCAUAUCCAGUCGGUCCGCAUAAGGAUAACCUCUUCCUUGAUCGAGAACUUGCAGAAAGCGUCGACCCUCGCGAAGACAGAGGGUCCAUUGUGCGACAGAGGUUUAAGCAGAUUCUUGUCGAACGCAUGUACGGACCUGAAGGCGCGUCGAGGAUGUCGAUGGUGUUCCCUGCACAGUCACCGACUGGAAAUGGCAACGCUGUUCCCGCACCUUCGAGUGCGCCGCCUUCCCUUCCACCCAUCCAGCCUGUUGCUGAACGUCGCUCGGAAGAGUCGCAGGAGUCGCAACAGGCACCACAGAACAGGGUUACAAAUGGCGGAACGUUCCAGCUCCCGCCUUUGAACUUUGACAGCAAUCCACCUGUGUCAAACGUCCCGCCAGCUCGUGAAACGACGUCUCUGUCACCCAUCACCGAGCGAACGGACAGCCAUUCUCAGUCUCGAGGAAGCACCCAGGACCACGUUCACUCUCCGCCUUCGGCUUCUGCUUCGAUGCGAGUUGGAAAUAUGCAGUCCACGAUUGAGGAAGAAACAAUGCUUGGCAAUCAACGCGUGGAGAGCCCGCCAGGGAACGCCCCGUCGUUUAAUGACAGGCCAAGUGAUCAACAGCAGCGUUCGGGCACGACGUCGCCUCGUGCGCCGUCGCAACUUCAGUCGCGGUUUAGUCCCGAUCCAGGCGCUGCUUCAGGUCCGGGACAGGGUGCGGGUGCUGGUGGUGCGGGGACAGGCGGUGGGGCUAUGAGCCCGACGAGCGGUAUGCGCUCACCUCCGCUAUCCCCGGAUUCUUCGAUAUCAAGGUACAGCCAGCAGGAGGGUUCGACGUUCUCGAGCCAUCAACAUAAUACAAAUAUCAUGCACCCAGAAAACGUGCAGUUAUCUCCAUCGAACGUGCAGAACUCACCUCCCGAACGGGAUACGAACGUUGCGAUGGCGAGUAUGGCCGCUGUACCACCUCGUAUGAUGCAGUUGCAGCAGCAACAGCAAUUCCAGCAGCAACAUCAGCAGCAAGCCGAGCAAGCUCCGUCGACGCCUGGGUCAGCUCGUUCGCAAGCGACGUUCAUGAGUUCGCCGUUUUCUGUCCAUGACAAUGCUUCCCGCAAUAAGGAGCAACCGCCUGUUCCGCCAUCGAAGAGCCCGCCACCGCAACAGGGCGAGACGUGGGAGCCACAGUACAAGCACAAGGCAAACGAAUCAGAAUAUGUUUUCGACGAACCUGGUGCACUUUAUUACAUGCAGCAGCAUCGAGAGGCAGAGGGCCCGGGACAGCUGGCCCAACCUAGCAGAGAUCAAAAUCAAGACGAAUCGGACGAGGACGAAGAAUCCGUCGAGUCUGAUGAGCACUCUGUGCUGACGAACCCGAUGAGCGUAAAGUCCGGAGCCUCGCCCGCUCGCGUGGGUUCUAGAGCACAGCAACAAACAGCACGCGCGUCGAAUGUGCCGGUUUCGCCUGUUCCUCGCCGGCAGACACCAGCCGGAUUUGAAGUUGUCUCCGGUGCGGUGGGCACUGCUGCGCUGGCGAGUGCGAGGAGCGCACGAUCUGGGUCAUUUGAUACGAGCUCUGCGAACAGUGGUCGCUUCGGUGCCGCUGAGACGGGCAGCGUAUCGGGCGCUGCGGGCGGUAUGAUGAGCUCGAGCAGCGGAAGCGGUCCCAGUUCUGGUCCCGGCCCCGGCAAUAAUACUCCGGAAAAUCCGAAUGGGGGACCCCGGGGACUGGGGAGACGGCCCUCGGGUGCACGUGCACUGCCACGGGCUGCUGGUCGAUUUGUGCCCAACGACUCGCCUUCUUCCAUGCCGCUCGAGGUUGACGAGCAACCAGCCUCCUCCUCCUCUACUUCUGCCUCUACACGUCCACAGCAAGACACAAGUUAUUCCAGCAAUUACUCACAGAUGCCUGCACACGAUGACGAAACUGUCGAUGCGCUCGCCGCACUCAGCUUCUUGGAGCAGCAGGACGCGUCUGGCGCGACUGAGUCCGGUACGCACGUGGCACAGCAAACGAGUCCGUCAGCAGACGUGUCGUCACCCGCCCCUCCAACUAUUCUAGAGCCUGAAGACCGCGCACCGUCACCACAAGCGAAUAAGCAACAGUAUCGUUCUUCAUUUGCACCGUCCAAGCAGGCCGCAGAGCGGAAGGCGCGCUCCCAGGCCCAGCAAGCUGCGCAUGACGAGGCAUUCCACAAACCUGGCAGACCGAAUGGUAAGCAACGAGCUAAACAACGUGAAGGUGGAUGGGAGAGUAGCGAAGAUGAAGAGGAGGAAGAAGAGGAAGAAGAGGAGGACGAGGAUGAGGUGAACACCGAUGAAGAACCCGCCUCCAAGUCCCGUGGAGAUUCCGGCACACCGUCUAUUGCUGCGCCUGUCGGCCGUAACCCAAUGGUACAGCAGCAAAUGCGUGGACUAUCUCCCUCGAACUCGACCUCUGACGAUUUCAGAGGCUCGCAGGCAGACCAGCGGCCUGUUCGCACGCUGCCACAGAUCCCACAGCGGGGACGUUCGCCUGCAGGUUCCGACCGGAGGUACGAUCAGUACGAAGGCUACCGGGAAUCGAGUAUGGGCCGGCCGCAAUCUCAAUAUCCGCAAUACCCGCCACAGUUCCAGCAACAGCAAUACCAGCAACAACAACAACAACCGCAGCCUGGCGCCGCCCGACAAAACAUAUGGAGUUCUGUUCUCGAUGCAAACAGGGAUACGGGUGUGCCACUGCCAGGUAGUAAUAAUAACAGCAACCGCGAUACUUUCGUGCAGAUUGAGACACCUGCGGAGACGAUGACGAAAGCUUUCACGCCUCAGGGCUUGUUGUCUGCUGGCAUGCAAGACAAGCAGGAUAGAUCUGCUAAGCGUCAGGAGGAGCUUGCGCGCGAGUCAGGCGCAUCGCUCAUUAAUGUGCCCAACAAACCUCCGCCGCCGCAAGUUGGAUUGCUUGGAGCGAUCACUGCGCAUGAACGUGAACGGAAACGUGAAGGUGGUGUGGGUGCUACGUUGACUGAACGCGAGCGGGAGAAACGUCUGGCGGAGGAACGGCAGCGACGUUUGGACGAUUUGCAGCGACAGCAGCUUGAACAGCAACAGCAACUUGCUGCGCAAUUUGGUGGUGCCAGUGGCGGAGGAGGGAUGGGAAUGUUUGGUGGUGGUGGACUUUCACCGCAGAUGACGGGUAUGAACCCUAUGAUGAGUGGGUUUGGAGGAUAUCCGCAGAUGAUGGGUCCGCAGUCGAUGUAUUUCCCGCAGAUGUUCAACCCGAUGAUGGCGAACCCGCAACAUAUGUUUGCUGCUCAGCAAGCUGCGCAGGCGUACCAACAGGCCAUGAUAGCGAUGUCGACUGCAGGGUCUCAAGUCGGUGGUCCUGGAGAUAACGGCAACAAUCAGAAUAAUAAUAAUAUGGGAGGUGGACGGACGAGUCCGAAUACUAUGGCUAUGGGUAUGGGAGCGAUGAGCGGUGCUGGGUCGCCUAAUCCUAUGGGAGGGAUGGGCGGAUACGAUCCGAGGAUGUCGAUGAUGAGUAUGGGAGGGAUGAUGCCUAUGAUGCCUGGUAUGGGCGGGAUGCCAGGUAUGGGGGGACCUAUGGGGAUGCAGAUGACGGGUGGAAGUAAUAUGGCUGGGAUGGAUCCGAGGUUCUCGAUGGGCCCCGGUGCAUUUGAGGGAAUGGGAAUGACGGGUUCUUUCGGAGGACAGGGAGGGGGUUUGAGUGCGGGGCAUACACCGCCCGGAGGAGCGAGUGGACAACAGAGUCAGAGGGUGUCAUCGUAUAAUGGGUCACCUGCGGGUUCGCCUGCUCCUAUACCAGGUCCGGCGAAUAGGCAAGCGAGUGGAGGCGGAGAGAGGCCUACUUCGAGUGGUGAACGAUGACCGGUGAAGCUAGUAAAGUCAAGGCAAGGACUCGAGAAGGACAAAAAAAAACUUGGGUUUUUGACUUCCGAUAUGUUCGGAAUGGAUUGAUUAAUGGACGGACGGACGGAUAGACGGUCACGGUAUAGUUUCAGUAUCUUGCUGUCGUUGUCGAAUUUGUUUGUUCCUUAGCUAUAUGGACACUCCCACUCUUCACUCUAUCUCCAUUUACAUUCACCUCCCCAUGUCUUCCUAUACUUUUUCUUAUUUUUCUUUACAUCUUCAGGUUUUUAAUUCUACUAUAUAUGAUUCAUGAAGGACUCUUCUUUAAGUCUUGUGUGUCUUGUUGCAUUUCAUAUAUCAGUUUGUUCAGUGUUCUUCAACGUUUUGAAAAUAUCAUAUUGUCAUAUGCACAUGUUUGCCAGCCAGCUAAUCAUCUAUCAGUAUCAGUAUCACUGUUGUUGUCCCUUGUUGUGUCUUUGAUAUUAUUUGCUUUUCUUGAUAAUUAGUUCUCCAUCUUUCUCUUUUGUUUUAUUUGAUUCUGUUGGCUCAAAUGCUGUGUAUACCUUCAUCUCAAUUUCAUUUAGGAAUGUU